ACACAGACUCCAGAAGUUGUUGUCCACUCCGCGGAUAACAGUUGAGAUGCGCAUAUUUUUAUUACCUUUAGGACAAGUUGAAUGUGUUCGUCAACAUCUUAUUUUGGCAUAAUAAGAAGCAUGGAUUCUCCAGUAGAUUCGACAGAUGGAUUUUCAACCUAUGAGGACACUCUUCGAACACCGACGCAGCUCAAGGAGCGAAAAAAAACAGAAUCACAUUUACCUUUCAGUGUGGAUGCGAUCAUGUUGGAUAGAAGAAUUCCUGGCGACGGAGGGAGACGCCACAGCGGUACGAUAAUCUCUCCCCUGGGGAAUUACUCUAUAUCCGUGUCCAGAGAGGCGUCUAGUGAAGAAGACUUUCCUCACAACUUUGACCCGUCUUCUUCGACAGUUAAAUCAGAGACGUCGGGACCAGGGGACUUUGCGUCCAGUUUGGCUCCAGUGCUCAACCAGCUCAGUCCCUCCUUGAGGAAACACAAGACCAACAGGAAGCCCCGGACCCCCUUCACCACCUCCCAGCUCCUGUCCCUGGAGAGGAAGUUCCAUCAGAAACAGUACCUGUCCAUCGCUGAGCGGGCUGAGUUCUCCUCCUCCCUGUCCCUCUCAGAGACCCAGGUAAAGAUCUGGUUCCAGAAUCGACGGGCUAAAGCCAAAAGACUACAGGAGGCAGAGGCGGAGAAACUCAAGAUGGCUGCCACAGGUGUUGGAUCCAAGCCGGGGUUCUAUCACCCGGGGUUCUCCUCGCUGCCGUUCCCCCUCUGUGUCAGUCUGGGGGGUCUGGGUGGGUGGGUCUCAGGGAUGUACGGAGGACAGGGGUUCCCCUUCAGACGCACCCCUCUGUUAAAAACAGAACCACAUCUGGGGGUGUACACCUCACCUAUGGGGUACGGACUGUUCCACCUGUCCUGAAAGGUGUGUGUGUGUCCGUGCAAAUGUGAUGAACCUCACAACAAGAUUUCAAAUUCUACACUAACUCUCAGGGAUGCCUUGAAUAUAUUGUGCUGGACCAACUUUGAUAUAUUCAACAGAUGUGGAAGUGUGCAUGGCUAUACGGUACCUUGUGUUCCCUGGUUUGUUACGGAAGAGCCGAGCGCAUCAGAACACCCCAUAGUUCCAACACCCAUAGUACCAGCUCCAUUGCAGGGUAAUUGUUCAUGUAUUCUAUAGCCCUGACCUCCUGACCUGUGCUGUAUUUGCCACAGUUUGUUGGAUCGUUUCAUAGGAUACUGAUCCACCGUGUGUCUGAUCACUAUCUAAAUACCAGAUUAGCUCUAUAAUAACAUAUUUAUUGAAUAAGUGUAAUCUAAUAUAUAUUUCAUGAAAUGUAUCUACAAGUGUACAUAUUUUGUGGUGUGAUGUUGAAAAUAAAAUGUUAUUUGUUGAUCUUGAUAUGGGGGUUCACCUUCAACAUCUGUUCUAUUUUCAAUUCAUCUUAUUAUGCUUCUACAAUGUCUGGUAAAUACAAAGAACAAAUUGCUUAAAUUCUCCACAAUUUCAUAUGUAAGUGGAUUGUUUAAUCACAUAUCGAUCUGAUUGUUUGAUAAGACCUUUACCUUUGUAGCUUUAAAACAUGUGUAGUAUAGGCUAAUUCACCUAAUUUAGGGGGUAGCAGUUCUAAUACUUUUUUAGAGUGAGUAAGAUUCAAGCCCUGUUAUACCUGGUUCAACAUUCAUCAUUUGUUCUUAUCUUGUCUACAUUCUGAUUGUGCCCACAUUUUCAGACAGGUGUAGAUGAUUGAAAGAUGCAUUUUGAUCUGAUUGGGAUAUUCCUGACCACCUCUGAAGGUAGUCAGGCACGCAAAGGUAGACAGAUCUGGACAGUGAAACCAUUUAAAUUAUCAUUCACCUGCCCUUUUAAAAUCAUUGACUGGUGGAGCCAUUGAC